UGAAGAAAAAUAGUGACAGAAUCAUGUGUUUACUUUUUUAUAAUUUUUUCUACUAAAAUUUUUCCGAUUUUUGGACAUAAAAAUCAUGUCUUUACAACGUGUUGCAUUGAUUCAAUGUAUUCGCGUGAAUCGAUUUUGUCAACAAAUUUUCUAUCGAUCUAUAUCUAGUAAUAAUCCAUCACAAUGGGAUUUAUUUGCUGGCAUCUGUCUUCAACGAUGUCCAUUGAUUGUGCCUGAAUUGAAUUGGCUUGAAAAAAGGACACAGAAUAUGUUCAACAAAUUUGAACUCGCUAAUAGUCUUUAUUCUGAUCACGAAAUGAGACAUUUCGAAGAUUUACGUCGUGCCGAACGGAUUGCAUCCGGCGUAAAUGUUGAUGAAAAAGAUUUGGAAGAAGCAGCCAAACAAACAGCUCAAGAUUUCGAAGAAGCUUCGAUUGAAGAAAUGAAACAAUUUAAAUUUGGCAAAUCUGUAACAAAAGCUGAUUUAUCCAAUAAUGAAAAAUCCAUUGAUAGAUCAUUGGAUAAACAUCUUUAUUUGGUGAUCAAAACAAAAUUUGGCUCUGAUGAACAUUGGCUUUUUCCACAGGAACAAUAUCAGGCCAACAUGGAUAAAUCAUUACGACAAACUGCCGAACGUGUAUUGGAAAAAUGUUUUCCAUCUAAAAAAGAUAAAUCUCCCAGUGUCAUUGUAAAAUUUUUUGGAAAUUGUCCAUCGGCUUUUUAUAGUUAUAGAUAUCCUAGACAAGUGGUUGAUGAUCGACAAAAAUUAGGUGCACGAAUAUUUCUAUUCAAAUGUCAGCUAGAUGUCAAUGAAGAAGGCAAACAUUCAGCGAUUCAAGAUGAAACAUUUGGCGAUCGAAUUCUAAAAGUUGAAAACUAUCUAGAUUAUAAUUGGUUAACACGAAAUGAACUUUAUCAAAGAAUGCCUAAGCAAUAUUGGAAACAAUUUGGAUCAACAAUCUAUCCGGAUGAAUUAAUCAAUAUUGAAACAAUGAUGAAAUCAACAAAACAUAGAAAUAUAAAUAGACUGACGAAACGAUUAGAUAGAAUCGAAGCUUCGAAUUGAAUUUGAAAAAAAUUAUUUAUAUAAAUAAAAGUUUAUUUGUUUUUCUCAUUUUUUUCCAUUGAUUAAAGAUAGAAUUUUUAUCUAUACAAAA